GCGACAUGUACUUUUGAUUCUGCGAACCAAACAUCAGAAAUCAUGAAGAAUGAUAGGCUUAUCAUUUCAAUAAUAAAGUUAAUGUGGGUGCACUUUAAAAUAUGCCAUCUCCGGAUGGGUAGUAAAGUCAGCAAAUCAUAAACGUAUCAUCUCCGUUUCCUAAAAGAGACUCCUUUUUCAAAAAAAGAGAUUCCAUAAACCAGAUAAAUUUGUGCCGUCACUUGCACUUCAACAUCUUCGCUUAUUCAAUCAAUAAUGGCGGAGGUGGGUACGGCGGCGGCGGUAGUAACCGGAGAUGAGCCGCAGUUGAAGCAGGCUAAUGGGGAAGGAGAGGUCGGCAACAAGGAUGGGCUGUGUUUUUCCUCCGUUAUUCCUGGCUGGUUCUCCGAGAUUAGCCCAAUGUGGCCUGGAGAGGCGCACUCAUUAAAGGUGGAAAAGAUAUUAUUUCAGGGAAAGUCAGAUUACCAAAACCUCAUGGUUUUCCAGUCAGCAACAUAUGGCAAGGUGCUUGUUUUGGAUGGUGUUAUUCAACUCACAGAGAGAGAUGAAUGUGCCUAUCAAGAAAUGAUCACUCAUCUUCCACUGUGCUCAAUUCCGAACCCAAAAAAGGUAUUGGUUAUUGGAGGGGGUGAUGGUGGUGUUUUACGUGAGGUAUCUCGCCAUUCUUCCGUUGAGCAGAUAGACAUCUGUGAGAUUGACAAAAUGGUAGUUGAGGUUUCUAAACAAUUUUUCCCUGAUGUGGCUGUUGGUUUUGAAGAUCAUCGUGUAACUCUUCAUAUUGGAGAUGGAGUUGCAUUCCUGAAUAAUGUUCCUGAAGGAACCUACGAUGCUGUUAUAGUAGAUUCUUCAGACCCUGUAGGUCCAGCACAAGAGUUGUUUGAGAAGCCUUUCUUUCAAUCAGUAGCAAAAGCGCUUCGCCCUGGAGGUGUUGUGUGUACACAGGCUGAGAGCAUAUGGCUUCACAUGCACAUAAUUGAAGAUAUAGUGGCAAAUUGCCGCCAGGUUUUUAAAGGCUCUGUCAACUAUGCUUGGACGACAGUUCCCACGUAUCCGAGUGGCGUGAUAGGCUUCAUGCUAUGCUCUACUGAGGGACCAGAAGUUGAUUUCAAGAAGCCAAUCAACCCUUUAAGUAGUGAAGAUGACAGCCAUACCGAGACCAAAGGGUCCUUGAAGUUCUACAACUCAGAGAUCCAUUCUGCAGCUUUCUGCUUGCCAUCUUUCGCCAAGAAGAUUAUUGAAAAGGCAAAAUAGAAGCGUAUUUUUGCUGCAUUUGGUGUGGAAGGAAUCCACUAAAUAAGAGGGGUUCAAAUUUUCAAAUUAUGGGUACUGUUUUACAUUUUGAUUUGAUGUAAUAGAAGUGAACCAAUAUUUAAUUAUUUAUGCGUUAGCUUGUUCCCUCUGAACUCGUCUUUCAUUUUAUUUGUCCUAUUUCCUUGCUCGUUGUUCCAAAAUAUUGUCCCUGUUCUCAACUUAAACACAAAAUUUUCAUUUCUUUCUAAUCAUAGAAAAUGCCUAUUAUAUAAUGUAUGAACACAAAAAUUGUGCGAGACCACUGAUGAAUUGUAGUAUAAUAUUUUCCAGAAGUAAUACUUUCAAAUAUAAAAGAAC